CUUCCGUAAGUAAUUCCUGCCUCGGCGCUGCUGGCAGCGGCCGCGGAUCGUCGUGGUGGGUUGUGCGGGAUGAGCGAGCAGAUCUGGUGAUUGCCUCGUGAAAGCAGCGCUGGGGCUUGUUUUUAUUUGUACCAGGCUUGUUUUUAUUUGUUCCCCUCCGAAUCUGCGCUCUCUGAAUCUGAACUGUUGAAAACUGGCUUUCGUUUUGGUACCAGACCAAGCAGUUGUUUUGAAAUGAAAAUAAAAAGAGAAACGUGUUACCGUGCAGGCAGAGCUGCUGAUUUUGGCAGCGAUUGAAGCGAGCGAAAGUAGGUUGCAGUUGCCGUGGAAUUGUUCUGACAUGUUCGCGUACUGUUCUUCCCCAGCGCUUCUUGAGAGAGACAGGCUGGAGGACUUGUUUUAAGCCUGUGAGAGCAAUUCUGACACGUGACUGAGUAGUGCUAUCCUUUCCUGUCCUAGGAAAACACCCUCGCACAGGUGAGAAUGGGGGAUACAAGAGACAUCUGUCCUCACCUGGAUUCCAUAGGAGAGGUGACCAGGGAUGACCUGCUGCUCAAAUCCAAGGGAACCUGCCAGUCAUGUGGAGCUGUGGGACCAAAUCUCUGGGCUUGUCUUCAGCUCGGUUGUCCUUAUGUUGGUUGCGGGGAGUCCUUUGCUGACCACAGCACGCUUCACGCACAGGCCAAAAAGCACAACCUGACAGUGAAUCUGACCACUUUCCGGGUCUGGUGUUACGCCUGUGAGAAGGAGGUGUUCUUGGACCAGCGGCUGGCAGCGCACACGCAGUCACCGCCAGUGAAGUUCACUGAAUCGGAUUCUCCAUUGCCUGCUCACCCUUUGAAGGCCGUUCCAAUUGCAGUGGCUGAUGAAGGCGAAUCCGAAUCAGAGGAUGAUGAUUUGAAACCAAGAGGCCUUACUGGAAUGAAAAAUCUUGGGAACUCCUGCUACAUGAAUGCAGCACUUCAGGCUCUCUCUAACUGCCCACCUCUCACACAGUUUUUUCUGGAAUGUGGUGGACUGGUCCGUACAGAUAAGAAACCAGCACUGUGCAAAAGUUACCAGAAGCUGGUGUCUGAGGUUUGGCAUAAGAAACGCCCGAGUUAUGUUGUUCCAAGCAGUCUAUCUCAUGGAAUUAAACUCGUCAACCCCAUGUUCCGAGGCUAUGCACAGCAGGACACUCAGGAGUUCCUGCGCUGCCUGAUGGACCAGCUUCACGAAGAACUGAAGGAACCGAUUGUUGCAGAGACGAGAGAUUUGGAUACCAGUGACCAGGAUGACAAGCGAGAGGGUGACCGAAGUCCUUCAGAAGAUGAGUUCCUCUCCUGUGACUCGAGCAGUGACAGGGGUGAAGGAGACGGUCAAAGCCGGACCGCAGGGGGCGUGGGCAGCAGCUCCCUGGCAGAGACAGAGUUGUUGAUCCAGGAUGAAGCAGGGAGAGGGAUCUCCGAGAAAGAGAGGAUGAAGGACAGAAAGUUCUCCUGUGGCCAUCGGCGCAGCAACUCGGAGCAGGUGGACGAGGAUGCAGACGUGGACACUACUAUGAUGCCAGUGGAUGGUAGAGCCUCGCCUGAGAUGCUUCCAGCUCCCCGUCCUGCCAGCCCAUGUAGGACACCAGAACCUGAUAACGAUGCCUAUGUGCGCUGCUCCUCACGCCCCUGCAGUCCUGUCCAUCACGAUAUGCACUCCAAGCUCUCUAGCAGUCCUCCUCGCUCCAGUCCUGCCAGGCUCGGACCUUCCUAUGUGCUCAAGAAAGCCCAGAUGCAAGCUUCCGGGAAAAAGAAGAAAGAACUUCGUUAUCGCAGUGUGAUUUCUGACAUCUUUGAUGGCUCCAUUCUCAGCCUGGUGCAGUGCCUCACCUGUGACAGAGUUUCUACAACAGUGGAGACGUUCCAGGACCUGUCACUCCCAAUCCCAGGGAAGGAGGACCUGGCCAAGCUGCACUCUGCCAUCUACCAAAACGUGCCAGCUAAGACAGGGGCAUGUGGGGACAACUAUGCCUCACAAGGCUGGAUUGCUUUCAUCAUGGAGUAUAUCCGGAGAUUUGUGGUAUCCUGUAUCCCUAGCUGGUUUUGGGGUCCUGUUGUGACACUGGAGGAUUGUCUUGCUGCCUUUUUUGCAGCAGAUGAGUUGAAAGGGGACAACAUGUACAGUUGUGAACGGUGUAAAAAAUUGAGGAAUGGAGUAAAGUACUGCAAAGUCCUCCGGCUACCAGAGAUUCUCUGCAUCCACUUGAAACGGUUCCGGCAUGAGGUGAUGUAUUCUUUCAAGAUUAACAGUCACGUCUCCUUCCCCUUGGAAGGGCUGGACCUGCGACCUUUCCUAGCCAAGGAGUGUGUCUCCCAGAUCACCACCUACGACCUGCUGUCAGUCAUCUGCCAUCACGGCACAGCAGGCAGUGGGCAUUACAUAGCCUACUGUCAGAACGUGAUCAAUGGCCAGUGGUACGAGUUCGAUGACCAGUAUGUCACCGAAGUCCAUGAGACCGUGGUACAGAAUGCAGAAGCCUAUGUCUUGUUCUACAGGAAAAGCAGUGAAGAGGCUGUGCGAGAGCGUCAGAAAGUCGUGUCCCUUGCCAGCAUGAAGGAGCACAGUUUACUCCAGUUCUACAUUUCUCGAGAAUGGCUCAACAAAUUCAACACCUUUGCUGAGCCUGGUCCCAUCACCAAUCACACCUUUCUGUGCUCUCAUGGAGGGAUCCCUCCUAAUAAAUACCAUUACAUUGAUGACCUGGUUCUGAUUCUGCCCCAGAAUGUGUGGGAAUAUCUCUACAACAGGUUUGGGGGCGGCCCUGCUGUGAACCAUCUAUACGUGUGCUCCAUUUGCCAAGUGGAGAUUGAAGCACUCGCCAAACGCAGGAGAAUUGAAAUCGACACCUUCAUCAAGCUGAACAAGGCUUUCCAGGCAGAGGAGUCUCCAAGCGUCAUCUACUGUAUCAGCAUGCAGUGGUUCCGUGAGUGGGAAGCCUUUGUCAAGGGGAAAGAUAAUGAACCUCCUGGACCAAUUGACAACAGCAAGAUUGCACUCACAAAAGCCGGUGGCCACGUGCAAGUUAAGCAGGGCGCUGACUAUGGGCAGAUUUCCGAGGAGACAUGGAUUUAUUUAAGCACACUGUACGGAGGGGGGCCAGAGAUUGCUAUCAGACAGAACGUGGCCCAGGUCCAAGAACUGGAAAACCUACAUGGGGAGCAGAAGAUUGAAGCAGAGACCCGGGCUGUGUGAUCUGUGCAGGAGGGGGCAGGGAAGGUAUGGCACAAAUAUGUCCGCGUGGGGAUGGAUGGCUGGGGAACUCUGAGGAGUCAAAACGCUUCCUUUGUCUGGUACUCGAGGUGUGUGCAGCUCCCACCACCACUGCUGGGGAAGGCAGGUUUCCUCUGCCAUCCUUUCACGGGGCUUUGAAUGUAGGGGUAGUGCUGGGAAAGACCGGGAGAAAUCAUUUCUCUGUAAUUCAUCUUUGCAGCCCCAGUGAGGGAAAAAAUGGUGGUGAGACUGCAGCUAACCGUCACUAGGAUAUGUUUUGACCUGAGCCCUCCCCCUUUUGUUUGCUAACAAGAAAUCAGCACUCCCAGCUUGCCCCGAGCAAACUGAAUCUCUCUGCUCCUUUGCAGGUUUUGCUUUUGGCACUUUCCUUUUUAACCCAAAUGUGUAAAGAUAAAAUGAAAUGUUAUUUAUGUUUCCAGUGAGCAGUGUUGCAACUAGAGAAACCUGUUUAUUUGAAGUUAACUAAAGCCACAAGGUCUCCUUGUAGUUUUGUGCUGAUGGUGCACAGCUGUCACAACUUCCUAGUUUUGCUCUUUAUCUAAUUCCUGCAAGUUCAGUUGCAACUCAGAAAUUUUGAAAUAAGCUGUUUCUUUCUCCCCCAAGCCCUAAAGUCACACCUUCACCAUCCUGGCAGACUUUUCUUCUCCUUGUAUCUGAUGUCAUGUGUUCAGCAUGUUUUCAGAGAACAAAGCUGGAAGACAAGUUCUCCUGCACACUGGCUUCCCGCUGUACUGUUUCCUCUAAAGCUCCUGGCAGCUCUGUAGAUAUGGGAUGCAGCCUUCCAGGUAUUAAACCCACAGGGUUGGGACGUGAGCAGCUUCAACUCAAAGCUGUUUGAUGGUUCGAUUUCCUUGGAGCAGGAUACAGGAGUGCUCUGUUGCAGGCUUUGCGGCUCCUGGUCUGGUUCAUAAGCCCAGCCUCUAUUCUCAGAAGGACCCUGCUGUAAGCCUAGAUCUGUCUCCACAGCUCUCCUGAGAAGCAAAGGGUGUGUGAAGGAGGAGCCCAUUUGUUUGCACAGGGCCUGUUGAGAUGGGUCAGCCUUGGCUAGGGCAGUAAUUCAGAGCUGGGGAAGGUGCCUGGUUGAGCAGGUCCAGGCUGUUGAAGCAGCUUUUUAGGAACGAGCUGCUUUCUGCAAACAAGCCCCCACCUGUGUGCUGAGGUCAUUCUAGCUUCUCAAUGCAGAUGUUACUUGUGUAUACAGUGGCUCAUUUAAUGAACAGAAAUAACUAGCUCCCUAAUCUACUGCCGCUAAUGCAGCCAUAGAGUAUCUGAUAACAGCCAACAGAGAGGCAUAAAGACAAAAGAGGCUAAACACUAUUUUUCUUAGCAAGGCUAUUCUCAAAAGUUCUUCCUUCAUCUAAGCCAGCAAGGCAAUAGUAUAAUCUUGUACGCCUUUGCAAAUGUUUCAGUGAGCUUUAGUGGAAUCAGAGAGAGGCAGAGCUGGCAAGGCAGAGGUGACCUUUCUUGGGCUGAGGACCCAAAGCGUGUACUCAUGGCGGUGCUGGAACCCGCAUGAUUCCACAGCACCAAGUCUGGCCACCCCGUGGUGGUCUGGGGCUCUGAGCUCCCCACAUGAAAAGGGAAAGAAAAGGAGGGGGGAAGAGGAAGGCUGCUCUUUGACUCACAGAUAAAAGGUGGAGAAGCGUGUAGGAGAGGAGAGUUAGAAAAGAAAAACGUGGCCUUCAGAUUUUUUUAGACCAAAUGUUUGCUGCCAACAGCAAAUUCUUCUUUAAAAAGAGUGUCUGUAAAUGGUUCAGCAUGUUAGUUUUACUAUCCUGUUUAUUGGAUGCUUGUAUAUAUCCAGCCGGGCCCGAGGGGAGGUCAAAGAAUGAGCCACUGUUGGGAUUUCUCGUUGUUUUAAGCUUUGUUAGCCACUGCAGCCUUCUUUGAAGCUGCUGCAGAGCCUGUAGGGCUGCAUGUCUGUGUUGUCUGUGCUGUUUGGAGGAUGCUGUACAGAUUGUAAUAACACUCCCGUGCUUAAGUGUUAAACUCUGUGCUAAAAAUGUGUUACAAUAAAUAUAUGUGCAUUCAA